ACCACCAACACAUCAACGCCAGAUUCCGUGUCUACUCCGACAGCGGAAAUACAAUCACCACCUCUUCCACACCACCACACAAGACACCUGCGCCACAGCGCCUGACCUCAUCAUGGGUGCCGUCGUUUCUUGCAUCCAAUCCGUCUUCCGCACCAUCGGAAACUGCCUCACAGCCAUCGUCACCGGCAUCGGCAACAUCCUCCACGCCAUCAUCGGCGGCAUCGUCUCCUUCUUCAACAUCAUCAUCUCGUGCCUCACCUGCGGCCGCGGCGGUCGCAGGCGCGGCGGCGGCACCAGGAGCAGAGUCUAGCGCGCCCCAUCUGCCCGACAAGCAACGAGGUCCCGAGUGGAAAGCAACGACGCGCGCUGUGGGGCAAGUCGUUGUGUAGCCUGGCCUCGGCAGGUGGGUGUGGACGAGUCACUCUGAGGGACUGCAGGAAGCUCUGCGGUGGGAGGACGCUCUGGGACAAUGAUGCCAUGUCUGCCCUGUGCCACGGCUUGUGGUGUUUUUUGUCUUGUUUUGCGAUGCGAUGGUUGCAUACCGAUACCCCUAGCCUAGUCUAGUUUGUUCUGCAAUCCCAUCUUUACCAUGCUUUG